ACACACACACACCUCUGCACGUUCCAUUCAUUCGCUCGUUGGUUGUUGACUUCUUCUCGUGGCGCACGCUUCGCUCCUGUUCUGUGUUUCUGCAAGCAGUACGUGUUUCAAGAACUCGCCGCUCUGUGCGAACCCAGGAACCGGACCUAACUGCCGCAGAACAAGCGCGCGCCACGUAUAACAUCAAAGAUGCAGGAUGGUCUCAUUUCCCGCGCCGGGGCAGCUAUCUGUAACGACACCUAUCCUGCCAAGGGAUCAGCCAACUACAACGUUCCACCAGUGGACGGAGGAGCGGGUCAAUACUCUCCCUCGAAAGCAUGUGUCCAUCAACAUCACCCGACCCGACAGCAGCAGCCGCCCUCUCCGCAGCACACGCCGUGUGGAGACUUUAAGCUCUGCGGGUACGACGGUACUACGAUGAGCUGUGGUCCGCUAGGUGAUGAGUGUUUACCAAGCAGCACCGGUGGAAGUCCACUGACCGGCCGUACCGGAAAGGCGGACCUGUUUGGUGUGCUGGAGUUUUGGCUACAGCUACGCUACGACCUAUCGACGCUACCGUGGGAACAAUUGCAAACGAUCCAGCUCAAGAACCCCCGUGCCGCACCGGGCUGUGCGUACAUUCCGACAAAGGUGGAACACAUUGCCAACAUAGUCACGCACGGUACCUGGGUACUGCCGUCGAUGUAUGCCGCCCUCUACCUUUACGGGCGCAGCCACACGCCCGCCCAAACGCUUGCGGCCAUCAUCUAUGGGGCGGCCCUUUCGAUGCUGUUCUUUGUCUCGACCUGCUUCCACUGCGUCUGCUACUGUAACCACAAUCGGCCGCUGAAGGAUGCGCUGCAUCGAUGCGAUCGUGCGAUGAUCUACAUCUUCAUCGCCGGCUCGUACUAUCCGUGGCUCAGCCUGGGACAUACGACCCACCCGCAGAUAGUGUCCGUGGUAAAGUGGAGCGUUUGGGUGAUGGCCGUGCUCGGCAUUGUUUAUCAACAGAUGUACCACGAACGGUACAAGUGCCUGGAGACGUUCUUCUACGUGGUGAUCGGACUCGGCCCAUCGGUCGUGAUUGUGCUGUGGGGCCACGAGUUUACCGGUAUGGCCGAGCUAAAGUUUGGCGGCGUGCUGUACAUUAUCGGUAUCGUGUUCUUUAAGUCGGAUGGGCUAUUCCCUUUCGCGCACGCGAUCUGGCAUCUGUUUGUGGUGUUUGCCGCAUCCGUGCACUACUUUGCCAUCAUGACCUACCUGUUUCCGGACACGAGCAGCAUCGUUUCAUCCGCGGUGGAAGGUGCAGCGGCCGGUUAAACUGGCAAAAGGCGAUGUGGGUGGCUGGCUUUAUUCUUGUUCCCCUUUUCCUUCGUUUAUCUCACACUGUUUGUGUUCAAAGCCUUUUGAUUAGUUAGGUUUUAUUAAGUUUUGUACAGCGUAAUUGUAAGUAGACUUUCUUUUUGUGUGGGAGCGCGCUGGUGCGAUCCGCUACAGCUAAAAGAAGGUUAAACAGAGUGUAUACCAAGGCAAAGGAAGAGGACACACGUUUCCUAGAAACGAAAUGAUAUAUUUUUAACGCAACAUUUUGGUACCCAGUGUAGCCUGGGAACGUGUGGCUAGCGUGUGUAAUAGAGAAAGGAGUUUUGGAGGUGUUCAAGAGUGUGUAAGCUACUGGGUGUGUAGCUGUUGGAACCAUUUCCUCCCACCUUUUUUGGGUAAAAAUCAAACCUGCUCAAUUUACUUUUUCUAUCCUUACAAUUCAUAUUGUAUUGCAUAUUGUAUAAGCAUUUCUGUUUUUUGUUUCUGUCGCUUAUUUUGUACGCCUUUUUGGCUGGCAAUACUCAUGAAGCUGGUGAAAGAGGUUUUUGUUUUCGCUUAUACAAUUCUUUAAGUGCAACAAA